AUGGAUGAAAAUCAUUUGAAUCAACUCUCCCUUUUUGAAUCCCCUCCCACCGACACAACCAUUCAAACGAGAGAAUGGGUGGAAUUUAGACCUAUCAAUCAAAUAUCAGAGUACUCUGCUUUGGAAUUUAACAUACCACCACUCUCUACGGGUUACAUGGAUCUUAAAAAUAGUCGGCUAAAGGUCAAAUUGAGAAUACUGAAUUCCUUGAACAAUCCCAUCACAAAAGAGGAUGCUGUGGGUUUGACGAAUCUACCUUUACAUACCAUAUUUGCUCAGGUAGACACCAGUCUCCAGCAAACCCCUGUAUCUCAACUGGGCACAAAUUAUCCCUACAAGGCCUACAUCGACACCCUGUUGACUACCUCCGCCUAUAACUACGGAGUGCGAUAUUCUCAACUUUUCAUUAAGGACUCCAACAAUCCCGACGAUGCCGAUCCUAUCAAGGGCCUGAAUUCAGGAUUGUACCUACGAUAUUUAUUUACUAAAGAAGGCCAAAUACUAGAUUUGGAAGGCCCCCUGCAGAUUGAUCUCUUCCAACAGGAACGUUUAAUUUUGAAUGGAGUAUCACUUUCGCUAAAAUUAUGGCCCAGUAAAGAUGCCUUUAAACUGAUGUCAGUGUCAGGUUUAGAUUACAAAGUUCAGAUUGUCGAUGCCAGUUUUAAGCUAUGUAUCCAAAGGCCGAAUCCUGCUCUGACCAUGGCUCAUGUCAAAAUGUUAGAAAAAUCUCCUGCCGUGUAUCCUUACCUGUUUUCUAAUCUAAAAAUAGCCUCCAUUGCCAAGGGAGAGUUCAGUUUUACCAUGGACGACGUGUUUCAAGGGGAAGUUCCCUCCACGCUCAUUCUGGGACUGGUAUCUAGCAGUGCUUUUAGUGGAGAUUAUAAGAAGUCACCCUAUAACUUUCAACAUUUUGAUUGUAAUUUUGUAGCUUUCUACGUGGACGGACAGUCCUUUCCCGCAAAACCUCUACAACCUAACUAUAAAACCGAUACUUAA